UUGUUUCGUUGCAAACACCUAACCGGAAACACAAUCAAAACCCCAAAACGGACUCCUUAAACAGUACAAUCCGGCAAAAAGCACGUUAAGUUGGCUUCCAACAAACGGUAACAAUGGCCACGAACGAUCCAUCGCAUCCUGGUAGCAAGGCUUCCAACGUGGCAAUGGCCGCCACCAUCUCUUAUGUACAAUGUCAGAAUUUGAAGUACAAUGUCAUCAUCAUCGGCUGGCUAGGCGUAAUCUUCUCCACCGUUAUCCUGGGCAGCUCUGCGCUGACCAUCCACUUGCGUCCGGACAUCGAGCUGCUGCUCAACCAAUGGCCAUUGAAUUUGGUUCCGGUUACAGAACAGCAGAUACUGAUCAAUUUGUUGACCAUCUUUAGCUCCAUUGUGUACGGACUGUCGUUGAUCAACAUGGGAGUCAGUCUCCUGCUGUUAAUAGGUAUAGCUCGGGACUCAAGUUACUUGAUGUAUCCCUGGUUGAUCUAUAAUGGCGUUAUUUUUGGAUUUGGUCUUUAUUUGGGGGUUUUCUAUGCAACCGCAGGUCUGUUUAUUGACCUUUCAAGCUUUCUAAUGUGUCUUCUGGUGUUCAACCUUGUGCUGGUUAUUUUUUACAAGAUCUACCACGAGGUCUUCACCCUGUUUCGUGUGAUUGAGCAGCAGUCGAAGGGUGGUGGAUUGGGUGGGCUUUACUACCAGGAUGCUGAGCAUGCAUGGACCGUCAGUGGAGUUCCCUAUCAGCAGGUCUAUAUGCCGCGUCUGCCAAUCCAAAAGUAACACAAUCCACAUUAUCAACAUCCAGACUGAAAAUGCAACUGCAACAGCAACAGCAACGAAUUGAGAAAAUUAAAGAAAAUGAAAUUUGGACUACGUUUGUACGAUUAAUAAACGUUUGACGGGUUCGAAGUCA